AUGAACCGACUGCGCCGACCAGAGUCAUUCGAUGAGGUGUCUGCGGAGGGGCUGUUCCGUGCCACCAGCAUGCCGGCGAUCCUCGCCGGGCGGGGAGCCAUCUUCGUGCAAGGCUUGCCGGGUCUCCUCGGAGCAGGCGGCUUUCCUUCUGCAAAGAUUCCGACUAAGCAGGAGGUGCUUCAAGCAGGAUCCUUCAUCUUCGAAUCCUCUUCGUGUGCCGACGCGCAUGUGGACGUUUUUGUGAGCCAUUGCUGGAGCUCGGGACGCUGGGCGAAGUUUCUGGCGCUGUGCUUCUACUUCAACUUGACAGCAGCUGUUCUGUGCUCCCUGACCGCCUGGCUUCUGGCUACCGCGGGCAUGAUCGCGUACGCACAUGGUGCGACAAACCUUGGGGGCAACCACCUCUUGCUGCCCAUCUUGGUCCACUUUCCCAUCGUGGUUUUUCUCGUGGUCUUUUUUUUCGGCCAGCAUGCUGUGCACCGCUUGCAGCCCACAUCGAUGUGGCUGGACCGGGCAUGCAUUCACCAGACAGACCACGACUUCAAGCAUCGUCAGAUCCAAGCGCUCCCCGUCUUCGUCGCACGGUCCUCCUCCAUGCUGGUGCUGUGGGAUGACGAAUAUUUCCGGCGUCUUUGGUGCCAGCUAGAAUUGGCUACCUUUGCAAAGUACGGUGGGGAUCAAGAAGUACGGUUCUUACCGCUUUGGAUGGCCCCAUGGCUUCUGUCUGCACUUCUGGUGAACUCUUUGGUGGCUGCGCUCUGGAGCAUGCUUAAUUAUCGUGGGCCUCAAGAAGUUCUCAUCUCCGUCACGUACUCCUGUACCAUGGUGUUGCCACAGAGCUUCCUUGAUUCGUCUUGGGGCUUUCUUGUGUCAGACACGGUUUGGAGUGUGCUGCUUGGUACGACUUUGGGCAUUCUGGCGUCGAUUCCUUGGACUAUCGCCUGCCGAGCCAAGCUGCAAAGCCACGAGUUGAUGCUGCGGCAGAUGGCUUCAUUCGACUGCCGGGCGGCAGAAUGCACCAUAGAGGCUGACCGGCUCCUUGUGGAACAGCAGGUCCAGACACUCUUCCAGUCGCGACAGGAAGAAGAAGCUGUGGUUCAGGCGCCAUCCUCUCCUGGAUCUUACGAACACGUGCAGACAGAAUCGAACGCAUCCACUGCACUGGGUACCGAUGGUAUUGUUGCACCCGGGGUGCCAUCCACCGCAUACCUGGCUGGUUCCGCGACAGCAGGGAUCCCACGCAACAGUGUGACCAGCACUGAAAUUGAUCAGAAAGCAUUGGACGCUUUCAACAGCUACAUUCGUGGUCCCCUUCGCCGUGUGGUGAUGGAGAGUGUCGGAAACCAGCUGCACGUGCCUUACCGCAUUUGCUUGGUCGCUGCUUUGCCCCUGAUCUUGUAUUCCCCCGUGGAUCUUCUCCAAUGCGGUGCUGAUUGCAGGGCCCGAUACAAUUUCCCCUCCCUGGAGACUGGCUUCCGGUCGGAGAUGCUAAGCUGGCUUGUUGUUAUUUUUUUGGUGCUUCCCAUCUUCUAUCCGAUUCUUCUUCGCAUGCUAAAGCAGGCCUUCACCGUCCAAUCACAGAAGUUGCAACUAGUCUUGGCAAUUCUCAGCGCCGUCUUGACCUUUACCUAUGGUUAUUUCUGCGCUGGAGUGGUGGAUGGACUUGUGUACAACAUCUUCCAGCAAGGAUUGGUGGGCUUGGUGCCCGUCUUUGCUCUGCUGGUAAUUCUUCUCCUCCUGCAGCUGCGAUGCCUCUUCGGCAAUGGUCCAGCCUUCGCAAGCACUCAUGUAGAUGGCACCUACCGAGCUCUGCAUGCAGAAGACGACUUCAGCAUCUAA